GCUCAAGCCACUGAAGGACUAACAUCACAAUGUGGCUGCACAUCUCCCUGAUCUCCCUCUAUGGAGUCUUUAUCUUUGUAACAAAGGCGGCAGAAAUUCAGAGCCUACGCCAGAUCAUCUCUGCUGAACUUGGAGCUUCUGUUUCUCUUCAGUGUUCUGUUCCAGUAAAGGUGUCCCUACUCUAUUGGUACAAACAGUCUAUUGGAAAUAAACCCCAGCUUCUAGUAACAGUUCCCAAAUAUGGAUUUGUGGAAUUCUAUGGUGAAUUCAAAGACAAUCCUCGAUUUACAGUGGCAAGAAACAGUGGAAUAGCCAAUCUAAGCAUCUUGAAUACUAUACCAUCUGACACUGCUGUAUACCACUGUGCACAGUUUAAUGCUGGCAUUAUGAGUUUUGGAGAAGGAACUCUGCUUAUUUUACCAGAUGCUGAAUAUAGCCACCACACUAUUCUCCAGAAGCCCAUGUCAUACCAAGGUCAACAAGGAGACAGUGUAAAUUUUCAGUGCACAAUCCACACCAGUGUAUCUAAUGGGAAACACAGUGUGUACUGGUUCAGACAUGGAUCAGGAGAAUCUCAUCCAGGAAUCAUUUACACUCAAGGAAACAGGAGUGAUGAGUGUGAGAAAAGCUCUGAGACUGAUUGUUCUACACAGAGCUGUGUCUACAAACUCCCCAAGAGAAACCUCAGCCUCUCUGAUGCUGGAACUUACUACUGUGCUGUGGCUGCAUGUGGACAGAUACUGUUUGGGAAUGGCUCAAAUCUAAAAGUCGAAGGUAUGGUUCAACUUCAAGAUGCAUCAAAUGGUACUAUUCAAUCUGUGAAACUUGGGGACAAUGUAACAAUCAAAUGCCACAUGCCUCAGAAAAGUGUCACCACAAUGGUGUGGUACAAGCAGAGCAUUGGCCAAAGUCCUAGACCAGUGGCUUUCUCCUAUAAUUACCUAAGUGAUACCAAAUUUGAGGAUGAGUUUCAAAAUGGUACAGAGACAAAUUUGAAUAACAUAAAACAGCCUAUGUUGGAGUUGGUUCAUCCAGGAGACUCUGUGACUCUGCAGUGUACAGUGCUCACUGAGAGCUGUUCAGGAGAACACAGUGUGUACUGGUUCAGACAUGGAUCAGGAGAAUCUCAUCCAGGAAUCAUUUACACUCAUGGAAACAGGAAUGGUCAGUGUAAGAAGAUGACCAAGACUGGUUCUUCUACACAGAGCUGUGUCUACAAACUCCCCAAGAGAAACCUCAGCCUCUCUGAUGCUGGAACUUACUACUGUGCUGUGCUCAUGUGUGGAGAGAUACUGUUUGGAAAUAGAACUGCAUUGAAAAUAAUGGGUAAUUUUGAAUUCUUUAUCAUCAUGUUGACAUAA